AUAACGGCACCUUUGAUAAAUUAAACCCUAAGUAGGUUAAAUUAUUUGACCAUUAUUUAGCGGAAGGAGAGGAUUUAUAUAAAUGAAUUGAAAAAAUAUUAUGUAGAAAUUGAUAUUUUCCCAGGAGUACAAUGUAGAAGAUACUUAAGGCUUACAGUUAUCAUGAUUAUAGAAGACACCAAUGUUUAAAAUUUAAAAUAACUGUGACAGAAAUAGAGACCAUUUUAUCGAUUUUACAAUGUAAACAGAUCAACUAAAUAACCUAGUUGGGAAAAAGACAAAAUGGCUACAGGUCGACAAAUUGAUACGGAUAUUCUCUCGGAUGAAAUAUUUGAUGUAUUAUGUUCAAUGUGUAGAAAUGAAGGCAGGAACACUGAAGGUGAAAAAUACUGUGUUGAUUGUCACGAUUAUUUCUGUGUUAGUUGUGUCAAAGUUCACAGUAAAGUGCCUGUAUUAGCUGGUCACAAGGUGUUGGAUAAAUCUCAAGUUAAGUCAGGAACCAGUAAAGGUCUGCCAAGGGCACCAUCAGAGAGAUGUGACAGACACAGUCAUAAACACAUUGAUAUGUACUGUCAGAACCAUGAUACUGUUGGCUGUUCUACAUGUAUGACAGUUGAUCAUAGAUUAUGUAAGGAUACAUUCUACAUACCAGAAUUUAUCCAAAACAAUACUUACCAAGUUGAAUCGAGAUACAUUCAAACAAAACUCAAGGAAAUAGCCAAGACCCUUGAAAAACAAGCUGAUAGAUUUAAACGAGAUAAACAAAGACUGUUAAAGAGGAAAGCAGAGUUUCUGGCUGAUAUCAGAAAAUUCCGACAAGAAAUCAAUGGUCAACUUGACAAGCUGGAGAAAAGUUCUAUUGAUGAUAUAGAAAGUAGAGUCAAAUAUCUUGAAGACAAAAUCGAAGACAGCUUUAAACAGCUACAGGCAAAUAAGUCCAGGAUUAAAUCAGCUAAUGAUAAGUUAGCAUCUACAAGCACAAAUCAUUCUGAAGUGUUUGUUUAUGUGAAGAUGGGAGAAGAUGCUGCAAAUGUUGCCAACAAAUAUAUGGAGCAUGCCAAAAUAAAAAGUACAGUAGAAGACAUUGAGUUUCAACCUGACAGAUCAAUUCUUACACAGUUAGAACAAAAGAAGACCCUAGGAACACUAUCAAAGAAACAUACAAAGACUGCUGUCAAUUUAUUUCAGUUUAAAGAAAAUCAAUCAUAUAAUGUUACAGUUAAGUCAGAUAAAAAAGAUUGUUUCAUCAAAUGUGCCUGCUGUAUGGAAGAUGGUAUAAUUAUUCUAGCAGAUAACAACAACAGGAAGCUGAAACGAUUAAACAGUUAUAACUAUACUGUCACGGACUACUGUGAUCUACAUGGAGAGCCAUGGCAAAUGUGUAAGAUUAAUAACACAAAGGUAGCAGUAACUCUUCAAUCAAAAAAGGAAGUUCAUUUCAUUUCUCUAGAAAGAGAAAUGAAAACAACAAACAAGAUUAACACUGAUUUUGCAUGUUAUGGUCUUGCAUAUGCAAACAAUAAUUUAUAUAUUUCAGACACGUCCCCAUCAGUAUAUAUGUAUACAUUGUCUGGUAGGAAACUUAAUCAGUUCAGUAAUCAUCAAUCAGGACAUAAGUUGCUCUCUAACAUAGAAAGUCUAGCUGUCAGUAAGGAUGCUUCUAGGAUUUAUGUUGCUGACUAUUAUAAUGGACUGAAAGUACUUGACAACAAUGGUCAGGUUAUUACAUCAUUUUAUGAUGAACAAUUAAAGAACGCUAGAUGUUGUUAUCUCACUGAAGCAGGUACUGUGCUGGUAUCUUACUCCUGUAGCGUUUUACAAUUUACAUGUGAUGGUGAGCUAAUAGGAGAGGUUGUAAAAGCUGAUGGUGGAAAAGGAACAAUUAUGUCGGUCUGUUGUAAUAAACAAAUGACAAAGAUGUGUAUUAGUAGGUCUUUUGAUAGCAACAUUAAAGUGUAUGACAUCUAA